GCCGAAAGUCACAGACAGACGUUCGAGCACCGACCGACACAGAUAGAUAGAUGGAAUCGACGUGCGUACAAAGCGUACAAAUCCAACAACACACAUACGCACCGCAUGGAUGCAUGGAUCCUUCUACCUAGCUAGUCCCAAUACGCUCUCCGAAACUCACUCCUGCGACAAAUCGCCAGCCGGGACAUAGCCCAGUUGUGCCUGUAUGGCACGUCCACCCCCCCACCCACCUCUGUGUAGGCACUCUGCUCGCGCUCGACUCACAGGUCUCCGCGCCAGUCGGGUGCUGUCUGCAAAAGUGUCCUCGCGACGCAUCCACACUCUUGCCUGCAUCCAUGGCCACACACAAGACGCAGAGAGAGGCUGAAGGGCUGCUCCUCCCCCCCACCCACCACCUACCCAGGAGCCCCCUAUCGUGCUGGAUUGCCCGUGUGAACACCGACUCCCCCGUGCCGAUGAAGGUGUGUGCCCGUGCAGCGAUCCACUGCUCCACGAUGGCGUUGUAGCCAGGGUGGCCCAGGUCGGUCUCGAAGAAGACCAUACUGCCCGCCGGCAUCAGCUGACGCAGUUCCACCCUCUCGUCAGCCGUCGCAUCCGUACACACAAAUGUCUGAUCGAAUGAAUCAACACACGUACGUAGAGGAGAGAGGUGUAAGUGACAGCUUGUGUGAAGCGCGUGACGUGAUACCUUGGUGACGUUUGUGGUCGCCAUCAGCGCCUUGAGCCGCCGAGCCUGAUGGACGGACGAUGCACACCGCCCGUGCACAUCAACAGAUAAAGGGAUGGAUGCUCCCUGUCCAGUCACCCACCACGUCGGGCAGAGGCGGAGCGAACUCGGCACGAUAUCGCGCAAAGUCGCCCCGACGCACAUGGGCCGCGAGAUACCCCCCAGGUGGCAGGUUGGCAGCGAUAAAGGCAUCACCCAGAUCACGCCACUUGCUGCACGCAGAGAGGUGAUAAUCACCUGUCCCUGGGCAUUUUGCGAUGGCCGUCCACCCACCGGUUGAACAGGAGAACAUCGUAGAGGUCUGUCUCGACGAGGGUGGGAGGGAAGGGCACCAUCAGGUUGUCUGCACGCUGACAAACAAAUCCAACACAGUGAGCAUCAGCACCCUGGUCUCGUACGUUUCCACCUUCAGGAGUAUGCUACUCGCCUCUGAGAAUGCCGGCUCCUCAACGAUCGUCUCUGCCACGUCCUCAGCGGUCGGCCCGUGAGCGUACAGAUAACACCUCUGAAUGAACAGACAGACAGAAAGACAAGCAGUAACCGCAAGUCUCUCUCUUUGUCUCUCUGUCUCUCUCACCGCGUCGCGCGCGUUGACGAUGUCACAUUUGCCUGAGUAGCCUGCACGCAGCAUUCAAAAGGCGCUGGUGAAAAGUGGGCGUGCAGGUUCAUCUGGCGGCCGUGCACGACCCACCGACUUGAUGUGGGUGAGAGCAUGAAGACUCUCCGUCAGCACAAUGGUGACGGUAAUUAACAGAGCGGCCACCACCUGACGAAUCGCACACAGAUAGGCAAGCCACUGGAAUGGACUUUUAUGUCGGUGUGUGUGCCCACCUUCACAUUUGGUGAAGUCUUGCAUCUGCAGUCUGUUCUGGUCCUUGUCGAAUGACGCAUCGGGGAAGAAGCCCUUCCAUUGGCCCCACAACAGCGUAUCGACCUGCACACACAGACACACAGACACACAGACACAUAUGCUUGAUGGCUCUACAGUCUGGCGAGUGGGUGGUUUGCUCUGACCUCGAGCAUCCCGUCAUUGGCCGUCUCGAUGUAUUCGUCCCACUCCAUCACCGGCACAACAGACCGCAUCACUGCACACACACAACAAAUCACACAAUCGUAAUUAAGCCAGCACCCACAGCAGACCUACCUUGCAUGUCGAAGAAGGCCCCCCACGGCAACCGCGGGCGGUCGUCAGUCGGUGCCCUCCAGUGAACCACAUGGCACCAGGGCGGCAGCACCAGCACCCACAUCUCAUGACACGAUCGGCCGCCGCCGCACCGCUGCCAUGUGUGCUGGUUGAGCCUAUGGACCACCAGAGCGGCACGGUAAAAGACAUCCUUCUGCAGCUGCACAAGGGAGGAAAGCACUCAUUUCAUUCACUGCCUGCACUGCAGAGGGGUUCUCUCUGCUCUGUCUGCCUUCCUUGUUACAUACAUUGAAUCCUUCCCCUAUCUUGACAUCGUACAGCAGGAACCGCAGGGCGCCAUGGCACCUCAACCCGCCAGGCAGCAAGAUCCCAUUCAGUGCAGCAAGUUGCUCAUGAUGUGUUUGGUCUUCACGGGGCUCCUUCCUGCGGCCCUUGACGAGCUUGUAGAGGGCGUCAGCAUCGAUAAAGAGGCUCCGGCACACCGGAGAUGGGUGAUCUUCGAAGGCAUUGCUUGGCCUUGAGCCCGUACACACGAUAAGAAUGAGUAGCAGGGUGUGCACUGCGCGUAUUCGCAUGAGGCGGUGCAGCGCCAAGAUCUG